AUUUCAAAAGAAAGCGAAGAAGGAAAAACUGAGUACGCUGAGUUUGCUGCUGUUACGAAGCGUGAAUAUGCUGAAGAAUUAAGUGAUGAAGAAGCCGUGAGCAUGAAAGUGUCCACUGAAGAGAAGCAGCAAAUUUUGUCUGAAGAGUACUGGAGUGCUUCUGGAGCAAUUGAACAAGAUCGUGAUGCAAUAUCAUACGUCGAAAUGCAGGCGCCAGAAGACAAGGCUGUCUCAGAAGCAGAUAUAAUCUUUGAAGUCGGAAAGCGAGAUGUCACUGCAGCAGUUGCAGAUCACGAGAAACAGAUAAUUGGCGGUGUUUCAGUAGACGAAACUGAAUUGGAACAGCCAGUUGAGAUUCAUGAGGAGCUUCGCAAAGAUGAUGAACUGAGCGAACUGAAACCAGAACCAAUGCCUUGCGAACACGCAGUUUUCGAGAAAGAAUUCACCGUCCAAGCAGGACUGUACGAUGAAACAUACAAAUUCAGUAUUUCAAAAGAAAGCGAAGAGGAUAAAACUGAAGACGCUGAGUUUGCUGCUUUUAAGAAGCGUGAAUAUGCUGAAGAAUUGAGUGACGAAGAAGCCAUACGCAUGGAACUGUCUACUGACGAGAAGCAGCAGGUGUUGUCUGAGGAGUGUCGAGGUGUUUCUGAUGCAACUGUAGAAGAUCGUGCUAUUUUCUCUCACGUUGGAGUGCCAGCAAUAGAAGACAUUGCUGUCUCGGAAGCAGAUUUUGGUUUUGAAGUUGAUUUGCGUUCGUUUAAUCGCGCGGUCGAUUUCAGUGGUUCGAUGUUUGAAAAUCAUUCGGAAACUGCUGUUAUUUUCCAACCUCGGGAAGGUGAUGCUCGUAUUUCAGCCCUGAAUUCUCGCUAUGCGGAAAGCUUCCACAGUGAGUCCGUGGAAGGAAAAGGACAAGAAAUUGAGUCAUUUAAAUUAACAACAGUUGUUUCUCAGUACUGCAUCAAGGAAAAAAUUGUCGAUGAUCUCAUGGAAUGUGCAAGAAUAGAAGAGAAUGCGCAUGAUAUUAAUGACUUCAUAAGCGGACAGGAGGGGAAAACAGUAAUAGCAACUGAGUCUUAUUUGGAUUCAACAUUCGAAAAUUCGCUUGUGUUCUCAGAAGCUGAGCAAGAAACCGUAUCAUCUGAAAUGGAUGAGAAUACUAAAAUUGCUCUCGUCAAUGGCACAAAAGCAUUGUUAGGUAAUGCAGACGAUGUGUUCGAGAAUGUUGUUCAUGAAUUUGCCGAUGAAGAAAAUGAGACAUGUAGUGGUAUAAAUAUUAUUGGUAGAACAAACUUUUUGGAUUCUUCAUUUCCAUCUUACACCCACUCAUCAUCACAUUUCAUAGAAAAAAGAGAAAGUGUUGGAAAUGAUCCAUUUCACAUCAGUGAUGGGUCUGGAAUGCAUGGGGAAUUAAACUUUGAAGAAGUAUCAACAGUUUCUGUGCUAGAAAAGAAUAAACCAAGAGCAUAUUUGGUGAAAGAGAGUAUAUCUGUGGACAGUAACGAACAUGAGUUUUAUGCACAGAUUGCAAAGGUAGUUGAUGACAUUGUAAGGAAGAUUGAAAACAGUUUGUCUUGUAGUGAGUCUAAUUACAAAACUGCAACUGCUGUAUCGAAAGAUAGCUAUGAGACUUGUUUAACAUCUCAGGAGGAUAUCUUUGAAUCAGCUCAGGGUUGUUAUUCUCAGGAAUCGGAAUACACGACUGCAGCGAGCGAAGUUAGUAGUAGGCUGUCAGGAAUAAGUGAGAAUCGUCGAGGUAGUGAAACUCCAGUUAUACUUCUCUCACCGAUACAACAUGAUUGUCAUUAUAUUGUCUCUAAUGAUGAAAAGCAAAAACUAGAUAAAACAGUGGAUUCAAAGCUUUCUUCUCCAAGUAUGCCUGAUAUUGAAUUUGUACUUGCUGAAGAUGAAAAUGAUACCGAAAAAAAGGAUGUUUCAGGGACAUCUACUGAUGGUAUUCUUCUCUCUCCGAAUAUCGACAUAGAACGCCCCAUGUCUCCCAUCCCUCCAAGUCUGAAUAAUGGUGAAAAUUCUUUCAUGAUCCCUGUUACAUCUGAAAACUUAAACAAAUCUGUAGGACAUAGUCGCCAGAUGGAAAUAAGAAUUCUCGACUCCAUCGUCGAAGCCCCUGUCGAUGAUAUCCUAGUUGAAGAUUCUUAUUCAUCUUGCAAGCAAGAUGUAUCUGGUGCACCAGUUUUCCAAGAAAUGCUUCCUGGAAAAGUUAUACAUCUUGAAAAAGAGCGUUCUGCGCAAUAUUACAGUGAAAGUGAAAUUGACACUACUUCUGACAGUUUUGUAAAAGAGGAAGCCAUGAGAGAUGUGUUGUCGACUGAUAGAGUUGUACAUAUAGAGGGAUCUGAUUCGUCCGAUUCUCUCGAUAAAAAAUCAGUUCAAAGUAGUAGUAGUAGUAGUUGUUGUAAACAACUUAGCAUUUCACGUCAGAGCAGUUCUAGCUCUCGAAAAAGUCUAUAUGAUGAGCCACAAGUAUUUGUAGAACGACUUACACCGGAGUUAAAAAUGAUAUGGGCAGAAAAGAAUGUAGAUGAAGGAUCCACUAAACAGUUUUUAUUCUCCCCAUCAGAAGAUUUUCCAACAUUUGUUCCGGAAAACGAACAAAUGAAUUCAGUGGAAAUAGAAUUAGGUACAGUGGAUGAGGAACCUGAAGAAGCAGAUUCAUUGAAUGGUAGAAGCACAUCUUCAAAUGGUCAAGGAACGGAUAUCAAUGUAAUAGUUGGAAAAUUCAAGACUGUGUCAAGCGAUAAUGUGUCUGAAACAAGUUUGCAAGAAUUUGAACGAAUUGAACGAGACGUACUCAAUAAGGGAGAGUCAAGUCUUAGUGGAAGCGAAUUAGAAUUAUACGUCGUCGGGAAAUUGAAAACAGCUAAUGGAUCUACAAGUUCCUUAGCUGAAUUUGAAAGACUGGAGCAGGAAGUUACUGUUGAGGGUUCUCCACAAGAUGAAGUAAUGAUAUUAUCCGAUAUACGAGAAGAAUCAGAAGUUGAAGAGAUGAGUAUAAGAGACGAUGAUGAGGAAGAGCAUGAUUCUAUUUCUGAUAUAAAAGCGAUACCAGUUGAAGAUGAUACCCAAAUGCCAACACCAAUGGCUUCACCAACUGAUAGUAUUGAGAGAGAUUUCGACAAAAUUAUGCAUGUAAUGGAAACAAGCGCAGAUUCUUUAGAAUUAAGUCCUCCAGUAAUCGUAACCGGAAAAUAUUUAGUUGACGAAAGUUUGUCAGAAUAUGAGGUAAUUGAAAGAAUUCGUGAAGGAAUUUAUGAUUCUCUGGAAACGAUUCCUCAAAACAAAGAUUCUGUAGAGGAAGAAGGGACUACGAUGCAAGAACUCACAUGUUUUGAUAGACAGGCGCUCACUGAUGAUGCACAAAACGUGUAUCAAGUAUGUCAAGAAGAUAAAGAUUCAUUAACUGAUGAGACGGAUACUGUUUUUACUGAUUAUUCAACUACUCUGACAACAUUUGAAACAACACAAAUAAAUGAGGAUGGUUCCACCGAAGUCAUUUCAAGAAGAGUUCUCACUCGUGUCACUGAUCCAGUUAUGAGCCAUGUUCAGUUUACUGGGACCGAAAAUGAGCAUCGUUUACGUGAUUUGGAACGUGAGCAAGAAUUUGAAACAGUUGAUAUUGAGGGCAACGUUACACGAACGACUCUUCAUCGUAGUGCUCCUUCAUCCGCAGUUCCACUUCCAGAUAUGUGCAAUACUUCAAUUCUGUAAAU